CCCCGUCAAACGACUGGCACAAGUUGAUUCAUAUCCCUUGCAACUCUUCUUCUACUGUCCCUUCUGAUCGCUCCUUUCUCAUCCGCCUAUGGCAUCUUUCUGAUUCAUCUUUGGUGGGCCGCUUUCAAAAGUCUUCUCUUCUUUCCUCAGUUCGUCAAAUCUUUUUGACCCUUGGCCAAGAGCAAGCAAACAUUGCCCGCCAUGUAUAAUGCGCCCGCUGCUCAAGCUUCUUUCCAGCAGCAACAGCCAUAUCAAAACGGCUAUGCACAACCUCACUAUCCUGCGGUAGCCGGCUAUGCUCAGCCUCCGUAUCAGCCUGCUCCAACACCAGUGGCAUAUGGAGCCCAACCAUACCAGCAACCUUAUGCUGCUCCUCCACAAAACGGUCCCCCUUUGAAAAAGCAAAAAGGCAAUCCCGUGAUCACACGCUAUCCUCCACCUCCUGGUUACAAACAACAGCCGACAUAUACCGCGGCUCCAUAUACAGCCCCGACUUAUCCUACUCACCAAGCUCCUCAGCCAGCUUACCCUCAGCAGGGUUACCAAGGAUAUCAGGCUCCACCCACCACAGGCUAUCCUCCGGCAGCAACUUAUCCCACUCAGCCCGUGUAUGAUCCGAGCCAAGCUUACCAGCAGCCACCUUAUCAACCUCAUCAACCUCCGCAACCAGCACAAUCGUAUACAGUGGCAGCACCCGUACAGCCGUACGCUGUGCCUGCAUCUGCAUAUCCCCCUCAGGAGCACUCAGGAUAUUACGAUGUGAACGGUGCUUACGUCGCUGCGCCUUCUGCCCAUUCAACGCCGUACAUGGAUGCUUCCGCCUAUCCCCUACCCAUCAGCGAAGACGGAUACGCCGCGUCGCAUACUCGACAGUCCAGUCUCGACUUCGGCCUUGAUUUCGACUUUGAAGGUGAAGCUGGCGUUCCGGCUGAGGAGGUCGUGCCAGAGCUGAGCCUCGGUCUUAUCAUAUGGCACCCCGCUAUCCCGACUAGCAAGCCAUUGCCGUCAGUCUUCGACGAUGUUGAACCGACGUGGACCGAGUCAGUGAAGGCGACUGAAGAUGCACACAUCAGUGUCACAUCCGAAUUCUUCCCCGACGACAUGUCCGUCGACAUCAGACUGAGUGUGCGAGACACAGAUGAGUGGGAAAAGGUCAAGGAUGACCUGAUCUUCGUCGAGUUUGGCAAGACAGCUGUGACUGUUCCUGUCCGCACUGUCAUUGCGAAUCGUGAUCGACCGGAUCCUGUCACUGACCAACUUGAGCCGGUCACUCAGGAUAAUGUCACUGCGCUAGUCUCGCACCCUGAAGCGCUGAUGCAGCAAGCUGUCGCUGGAGCGUACGAAGAUCAGUCUGAUGGAGACCAAGCUAUGGACAUGAGUGACGACGAAGAUGAACCAGCGAAGCCUGUCUUGCAGCCAGUCAUUCAGCCUCUCGCACAUCCUUUGCCCCGUCCAGUAGCUCAUGCCGCUCCGCCUGUGAAGCAGGUUACUAUCCUCGACACCUUGGAGCAGGCCCUGGGUCCCAAGUCGCCUCGAAAGAACGACAGACAGUCAUCUAGAGCUUCUGCUCGAUACUCGAGAUCGCGAUCCCCUGAGAAACGCAGCCGACAAGGAUCACAACAACCCAAGGCCAAGCCUGCUCCGCUUCCCAAGGAUUCAGCCCAGGAGAAUAUUCUUGCCGCGCUUGGUGUCGAAGGAUCGCCUAAGAUGGUCUAUCCCACCCCACCUCCUGCUUUGGGGCUACCAGUUCCCCCGACCAAUCGCAAAAAGAUCACCCCUCCUGGCGCCUUCGGGCCUGCAGGCCAACGCUUCGCAUAUGGUCCCCAAUUCCCUCCUCCACCUCCUCCUCGCGAAAGCAGAUCACCAUCUUUCGAUCCUUGGCGUGCACACGAUCCUGCGAGUCCCAAGUCGACUACUUCUCAGCACACCGCUGUUGGCUCGGACUUCCAUCCCGACGACGUAAUGGUCGAUUUGGAUGCAACUCCCAAAGCCAAGGCGCCAGUCGCUCCCGAGAAAUCAGGCAGCGGUAGGAAGCGCACCUAUGAGGAAGUCGCCGCUGCAGAAGGUCGCCGCAGACAGGACGAUGAUACACCCCGAGCACAUCGCAUGCGACGGAGUAGACAAGAUGUUUACAGUCGCUAUCGCCGGUAAGCGUCCAACAUGCUUGGUUAUGUCUGAACGACAUCAGGCACAAGUUCACUUCUUUUGCCCCCCUUUUU